AUGAACGGGUCUACUAAUGGGCACACCACAACUACCAACGAGGUAUUAAGCCCUCAUGACAAUGGAAAUACGGCAUUAUUGUCCCAAAUUCACGAAGCUUUGAAACUUGUCCAUGCUCCGUAUUCAUCCAAUCAGUCUCGCCAACAAGCCUCGAGUUUCCUAGAAAACAUCAAAGCCGAAGACGAAGCUCCUUAUCAUGGGUUUACCUUAGCAUCCGAUAAAUCCCAAGAACCGGUCGUACGCCACUAUGCACUGUCUCUUUUGGAGCAUGCGAUAAAACAUAAAUGGGCAGCGUAUUCGGAAGGGCAAGCAAGUGCGCUGCGGCAAUGGGUCAUUCAACUCUCAGAGAAUCUGGCUCAAGAGGACCCCUCAUAUCUGCGAAACAAGACAGCACAACUUUGGGUAGAGAUCGCGAAGAGGAGCUGGGGAUCAGAGUGGAUUGAUAUGGAUAAGCUUCUCGUGGGUCUAUGGGAGCUUCCAGGUACUGUGGUCUAUAAGGAAUUUGUUCUGUUUGUUCUCGAGACCCUCUCCGAUGAGGUCUUCAAUGGCGAAGAUGCUGUCACGGUCUUACGCGAGGGUGCUCUGAGCAAAGCUUGUGUCGAAAUCUUCACACCUGCAGUUGUACUAUCAGAAGCAUUCCCAAAUCGACAGCUAGGUACCGUUUUGAGACAUGGAGAAGAAGGUUGGCUUGUAAGAAUCGGUGGAUUGCUAGGCCAGUGCCUUCAACUGGACAUUUCGAGUCCUCAGUAUCAGAGCUGCGCAGUGAAGAUACUGGCUGUUUAUAAAUCCGUGGUACCCUGGACCGUACCAAAAGCCAUCUCCACUGCUCAAUGCGUGCAAUAUAUGUGCAAAUGUCUCGCUGCGCCCAGUACACCCGUGCAACUGGCGUCUGUUCAAGCUUUAUUUGCACUUUAUUCUCGUGUUCAUUUUUCGGAUGAAGAAUUCUUAGAGCUUGUAUGCCCGAUGUAUACCAGCGAAGUGGUUGGCUUACUACGAAAUCUAUUCCAAUGGUCUGUGGUAGACGCAAAUGAUAUUGACGAUGAAAAGUAUCUAUUUGCUAAAAAGUUUUCUGAGAUGAUGUCAAAUCUCGGAGUCUUCAUAGAAUCUAAAAUUUCAGCUAUACCCGAAUCUUGCGAUCUUUCUAACCUCUUGAAUCUUUUUCUUGCUAUUGCUCAAAGUCAAAGCCUUGUUGUUUCGAUACCCAUUAUUCUUACCUGGACAAAAUUGCUUCGCUCGCCAAUCAUUGGAGGGUCUUCUUUUAUAACACCUUUAAUUGCACCUCUUCUAGAACUUUCUAGUUCACGCCUCAUUCGAUAUGAGAACAUGCCAGAUGACUGCGAAGAUGCAGAGUACCUAUUUCUACAGGAAGAUAUCGAUACACAGCCUGAAAGACAUGCAUUUCUAGGAAACUAUCGACGAUAUUGCUCUCAAAUCAUAGAGCUUGUCGUUCGGCAGAAGCAAUCAGAGGCCAUCUAUCAUAUUUUAAGCCAAGUGGAUAACUCUUUGCAGCACCUUUAUGAUGGAUGCCCCCCCUUUUCCGUGGAAAACUAUUCCAAAACCUCGAUAGCAGUACUACGAGUUGAUAAGAAUUUCACCGUGGUAGAAGCAGCACUCAAGGGAUAUAUGAAAUGGAGAGCAGGCCAUGGCUCUGACCCUCAACGAGAUGAACAAGAGCGUACAAGUAUAGAAGACAAUUUAGAAACUUGGUGUCAACGAUUGCUGGAGCUCAAGUUUGAGGAUCCAAUCAUUCAAAAGAGAAUUAUACAACUUGCCGUCGCCUUUUCAACCACGGCUUUAGAUAAGAAAGUGGGCUUCAUGCUAAAAGUGCUAGAACACAUUUUGAUGGCACAACCCAUGGAGUAUCCAAACGCCUCAGCUUAUACGGAAGCCGUGAAAGAGCUACAAGCAGAGUCUGCUUAUGAGUUGCAAAGACUAGCCGGAAAAAUGCCUGAUCAACUAUUGGACGUCUAUGAUCAACUCCAAGCAAAGGUCGAUGAAAUCAUUUCUACCAGAAAUCUGGAUAAAAAACGUCAGACGUCAUAUCAAACUUUCUUAUUCACGAUUAUCCACCGUAACUCUAAAAUUGACCCAGAGAUUCGUUUGCAAAAGCUGCAAGGAUUUUUAACACCUGUGCAAGCAAGUUGGCAAAAUUCGGAAAUGAAUCACGCGGUCGAAGGGUUCUCUGGGUUCUGCGACCUACUUGGGUUGAAUCGCGUAAGAGACUUUCUUGUCACAAGGCGAGUUCAUGAGAUACAGGAUUGGUCGACUUAUCAGCUUGACUCGGAAGCUCAAUCGAUACAGAAAGAUAUGGAAGAGAGAUUAAAGGCACUGCCAUUGAGAACUACAAAAUCAUUCCUAGGCUGCUCGACCGAGAAGCUUGAGAAAGAAGAACCUGCCUAUAAGGUUUCCUGCACUUUAUGGAGAGAUGCGCUGCCAAUUAUAUUGCCAACUCUUCUAAGAUACUUGAGUCAUGCACAUGCCUUUCAUAAUCCUGCGAAUUGGAAUGAACUUCCCCCAGAGAUGGCACCAAUUGUUAGUCGAAUUCUGACGGACCGCUUCUGGCAGUCUGGAAUUUCGGUUGGAAGUAAAGGUGACUUCUAUGCUAGGGUUACUGGUACCAAAUCUACCAUGGAAGGUCUUGCAUCAUCUAUACGAGGUUCAAUUCGUACUGUUAGAGAGUCUUGUUACUCGAUACUUUAUUCUAUGAGUCGUUUGGAUGUUGAUUUCUAUGGCUUUAGCGAGCUCCCUGGACCACUUGCAAAUGCUUUAUUCGCAGAUGCCCAUUGCUUGUCUUCACAUCAACUUAUUGCUUUGUUGAAUGUUGUGCGACUCAUGGUGGAUGAUUGUCCUGUCGAAGUUCGAUCUCACUUUGUGCCUCCUAUAUUGGCUUCCUGCUUCGCUCAAAUGGACGCGAAAUGUAGUUCCGAAUGGGAGAGAUUAUCUCAUAAGCAAGUGGUUCCUGCAGAUGGAGACACUUUGACCGAGGAAAUGAAGGAAGAGAGCAUUCUGCGACAGUUGACACAUACAUCUGUCAUGAUGAUUGCUGGAUUCCUCGAUCCAGCACGACCAAAUAUCGGAAGCACACCCGCACCGAGGUCAGCCAAAGAAGCCUCGACAUUCAUUCAAAGCCAAGCGAAUUCAUAUCCAAGCAUGAGAAAGUUUUGUUUGACUUCACAAGCUAUUUUAGAAUCUCUUCUACUUUUCUUAACACACGCUAUUCGCAUGAGAGAUACCCGUUGUUGUGGGGUUGUCCUCCGUGUUUUCCGAUCCAUUGUUCCCGAAUUUUCCUCGGGCAACGAUUCUUCUCUCGCUUCAUCAAUCAGAGAAUUUAUCAGCACUGAAGUACUAAAAGCUGCCAUUUCGUCACUAAAUGAGCCCUAUUUCGUAGAACUACAAAAGGAUCUCGCUUCUCUUAUUGCAUCGAUUUUAGCUCACUAUGCACCCGUUACAGAUACCCCCAAGCAAAUCCUCCUCAGUUUACCUGGUAUUCAAGAAAAAGCAGUAAAUAAAUGUAUUGAAGCGUUGACAGUACAGGGUGUUCAACAGAGAACUCAGCGGGCGCUGAUAUUGGAUUUGUUGAAGGAUUUGAAGGGGGUUAGUAUUAGUGAACAGGGAAGGAUCUCGAAGAGCGCAAGUGUCGUGAGGAAGGAGAGGAGUAAAAUGCAAGAGGCUUUUAUGAGGGGACCGGUUGAGGAUAAUCGGAAGGUUAAGAGUGAGAUUGAUGAUUUGGAGGGAGUGGCGGGACUUUUUGAUAAUUAG